AUGUCGCACCUCUUCGAAGCCGACACGCCGGAUGAGGUGAAGAAUGCCAAGGGUCUUCAUCUCGUCACCAUGAGCACGCCCAAUGGACAGAAAGUCCAGAUCAUGCUCGAGGAGCUGCAUGAGGUCUAUGGCACUGAAUGGACACAAACCAUUAUCAACAUCAUGACAAAUGAGCAAAAAAAAGACUGGUUCCUCCGCCUCGAUCCCAAUGGCCGCAUCCCCAUCCUCAUCGACCACACCCAAUCACCUCCCUUCCCCGUCAUGGAGACAUCGGCUGAGCUCUUAUACCUUCUGAAGUUCGCGGAUAAGAAUGAUGUAUUUGGGUUCAAGGAUGAACUGGAGAGGAGCCAGGCAUUGCAGUGGUUGUUCUUUUGGCAUGGGAGUGGGGCGCCGUACCAGGGCCAAGUGAACCAUUUUGCCAAGUUUGCUAAGGAGAAGAUCCCUUACGCCAUCGACCGUUUCCGAAACGAAACGCUCCGCGUCUACGGUGUACUCGAAAUUCAACUGAGCGGCAAGUACACCGGCGAGCCUCGCGAGUACUUGGCCGGUAACGGCAAAGGCAAAUACUCUAUCGCUGAUAUUGGAACCUGGCCUUGGGUUAAUGCGUGGGAGUUCAGUGGGUUCAGCAAGGAAGAAAUGGAGCCAUUCCCACAUCUGCUGAAGUGGAUUGACCGUAUUGCCGAGCGGCCGGCCGUCAAAAAGGGAACGAGCGAGAAGUACAAACAGUAG